AUGCGUUCGACAGAGCCAUGUGCAGUUUCAGCUGGCCACUGGACCUACCAGGCAACACUAAGGACUGGUAACUAUAAGAUCCAGCUGCAGAACCUCCUGGUGUGCAUGAAAGACAAGGAGAUGCCGGCAUCCCUCGGCAGAGGUUUAACGAUGACUGAGCUGAGCACAACGUCCCUGCUUCUGACAGAAACCAGCCCAGACUAUAGGGAUAAUGGGACCGAUUGCCCAAUACACAGUUUCAUUGAUCUGGUCCUUGACGGGGUCACUGUCCUCAUCUGUCUCUUCGGGCUGGUGGGCAACGGGGUCGUCCUCUGGCUCCUUGGCUUCUUCAUUAAGAGGAAUCCCUUCACCAUCUACAUCCUCAACCUGGCCGUCGCAGACUUAAACUUCCUCCUCUGCCUGCUUGUUUACCUCAUACUUGGUACCGUGGAUUCUCUCUUCUGUUUCCAUGAAUUUGGGCACGUUCUGAGGUUUUUUCACCUGCUGUUCCUGUUUGCCCACAAUGCCAGCCUGUACCUCCUGACGGCCAUCAGCGUUGAGAGGUGUCUGUCUGUCUGCUACCCCAUCUGGUGCCGAUGCCACCGCCCAAAGCACCUGUCUGCCCUUGUGUGCGCCCUGCUGUGGGCUCUCUCCUGCCUGGUAACAGGACUAAUGUCUUAUUUUUGUGUUUCUGAUGGAACUGAACGCUGUCGGAUGUCACACAUAGCAAUGUAUGUUCUGGAUUUCCUGAUUUUCGCUCCCCUCAUGGUUCUGGCCAACCUGAUCCUGUUCAUCAAGGUCCGACGUUGCUCCCAACAACGUCAGCCUGGAAGGCUCUACAUUGUUAUCUUGCUCACCGUCCUCUUCUUCCUCAUCUUUGCUGUUCCCUUCAGUAUCCAGCGCUUUGGCCUGUAUUUUAAUUAUUUUAAUAUCCCCAUUGAGAUAUGUAAUGCACUGGCCUCUGUAAACAGCAGCAUUAACCCAGUUAUUUACUUUUUAGUUGGGAGCUACAGGAAGUGGCGGUUCAGGGCCUCUGUUAAGGUCGCACUCCAGAGGGUUUUUGAAGAGCAUGCAGAUUCCAGAGAGGCCUCCAGGACAGACACAAUGGAGAUGGCCAAUUAA